UUUGCCACCUCCUCCUCCGUCUCUGAAAUCAGUGUACUCGGCCGCCGGCGAAAAGAAAAAGAUAACGAUUUCGGAGCAGAGGGGUAGAUAUGGUGAUGUUACCGGUGGUUAACACGUACCCUUUGUCGAGCUACACAUUUGGUACCAAAGAGCCCAAGAUGGAGAAGGACACGUCUGUCGCCGAUCGCCUUGCUCGCAUGAGAGUCAAUUAUAUGAAAGAGGGUAUGAGGACAAGCGUUGAAGCAAUUUUACUGGUCCAAGAACAUAAUCAUCCUCACAUUCUUCUUCUGCAAAUUGGGAACACAUUCUGCAAACUUCCUGGUGGACGCCUGAAGUGCGGAGAGAAUGAGAUUGAGGGUUUGAAAAGGAAGCUGACUAGCAAGCUUGGAGCUAAUUCACCUGCUCUUGUACCAGACUGGCAGAUCGGUGAGUGUGUGGCCAUCUGGUGGAGGCCCAACUUUGAGACCAUAAUGUAUCCAUAUUGUCCUCCCCACAUAACCAAGCCUAAGGAGUGCAAGAAGCUUUUCCUCAUCCAUCUGUCCGAGAAAGAGUACUUUGCAGUACCGAAAAAUUUGAAACUUCUUGCGGUGCCAUUGUUUGAGCUUUACGAUAAUGUUCAGAGAUACGGACCUGUGAUAUCAACCAUUCCACAGCAGCUUUCUAGAUUCCAGUUCAACAUGAUUACCACAUGACUUUGGCAUGGAUGCUUACCUCCUGACAGUUACAUACUGAGAAAACUACUAAUCGUGACGGUAUUGAAUGAGAGAAUUUCGUGUUGCUUGCUUGGCUUCUUAUGUAGGUCAAGGUUAUUGGAACGUGACUCUAGUCCAAACUCUUGUACUUGGUUAAACCGUUUUUAGUAGCUGUUGUAUUAGUUUAGGGUGUAGGUUUGCUUUCAGGUUUAGGCUUUCUUUUUUGCAUUGGAAAUUGAUUUCUU